UAUAUUUUUUUUCACUAUUUUUUUGUAGAACGGCGUAACGGCAACUAGAAAAUCGGGAUAAAAUAAAAUCAAUUUUGAAAAAUUUAUGUUUCAUUUUCAUUCGCUUCGAGUUAAUGACCUAAUUAAGUGUAUACAGUUUUACUAGAUUAUUUCUUUGUAGUAAUUGGCAGGUUGUAAUCAUGGAUAACAUUUCUUUAAUUCGUAUGGAAGAUGGUACCUUGGAAGAUAUCAAAUCGGUUUUAGUGAUGUUCACUGAGCAGGUAGUUUUCUCGGACCAAAACAAAGAAAGUUUUACUUUCGAUAAUCUCGAGAAAGACAAUGUAUUACAACGUUUAUGGACGAUAGUGUUCAAGCAUUUGAAAGAUAAAAACAGCGAAAGUAUCUACGAAUUAUGCUUGAAAACGCUGCGGAUAUUGAGCCGAGACAAAGUGAAUUUAGAAAAAUGCAUCAACGAUCAACGAAUCGAAGAUUUACUCGAGCAUGCUGCUCUUAAAGGCACCAAUGCUGAAAAAGUCGAUAAAUUCAAGGAACAUGCGAUUAUCGUCGAAGCUUUGAAAUGUUUAUGCAAUAUGACAUUCAAUAGUGCAAAAGUUCAAACUAUAUGUUCCACCAAUGGUACUUUGGAGGGCAUUAUUCGUAGAUUGAGAUUGCAUCCCGAUGCUAAUAUACCGCACCUAAUCAAGUAUUUUGAUAUGAAAUUGCUGUUCUUAAUAACAGCUUAUAAAGCAGAAGUGAGAACUCAGCUGAAAGAGCAGUUGCACGCACUCACGUAUCUAAUGGAAGCGUUGGACUUUAUCUUGAAAGAAGGCGGUGGAUAUUCUCAUGACAAUCAUUUACAGUAUUUUCCCGCUUUAGAUGAAAACGCUGUGGAACUGUCAUGUGAAAUUUUAAAGGUUCUGUUUAAUUUGACCGUUAGAGUUUUACCGUUGGGUACCGAAGACGAUUUCGAACCGUCGGAUAGAUUAAUUACUAUAUUACGCGAACUGCUUUUAUCUUCAACUCCUCCUCACGUCCAGGAUAAGUUAUGCAGUAACAUAAUAAAUUUAUUGACCAACAUGCCGGCCAACUCUUACGAAAUGUUGAUGCCGCAAGAAGAAGACGAAUAUAAUUCCGAGGCUAUCGACGUUAUGAUUAAUUUCCUCGAAAAUCGAUUAUCUAGCAGCGAAGGUGCAUCUUACGAAAAUCUAUCUCCGGUACUUCAGGUGCUUACUGAAGGUUCCAGGACUCAUAAGUUCUUACGUAAACAUAUUCGAAUGCGUGUUUUGCCACCUUUGAGAGACGUCAUGAAGAAACCCGAAGAAGGGAAUAAGAUCCGUAAUCGUUUGUGCAGAUUAUUGACUGGCACUAACACUCAUCUCAGAGACGCCGUCGCCGAGUUUCUAUUCGUCUUAUGCAAAGAAAAUGUGGGUCGUAUGAUAAAAUAUACCGGUUUUGGUAACGCUGCUGGUAUGUUUGCAUCUCGAGGAUUAUUAAAUGAAGCUGCCAUGAAUCCGGAUUAUUCUUCUGAUAGUGAAAACAGCGAAACUGAAGAAUACAAGGAAUACAAAGAUCAAAUUAAUCCUGUUAUUGGAUGCUUCGAUCCUGCAAAACCCUCUCCUAUGCAGUCAAUGACUGAAGAGCAAAAGGAGUACGAAGCCAUGAAACUGGUCAAUGCCAUCGAUAAACUUCAUAAGGGAGGUGUGAUACAGGCAUGCAAAAUAGGCGAAGAUGGCAAACCUCAACCAGUUGAGCACAUACUUCAAUUACAAGAAGAAUUACAAAAACAACAAUUGAAGUAAAACUUCUUCGUUACAUUCCUCGACUAAUCCUUUCAAGUAUGCUAGUCUUCUUAUUCCUGGAUGUUUUACUUUUUUUCGUAUAUUUUUAGAUAUUUCUUAUUGAUUUUCGAUUCCUACGUUUUAGAUCAAUUUAUUUUUACUCCCCCUUUCCCCCUUUUGUUUAUCGUUGUUUUUAUUUAUCAUUCUUUCAUGCUGGUCAUCGUAUUAUCAAGAUGUUUUAUGUGUUUUUCUUUUUAAAGUAAUUAUUUUAAUGUUAAUAAUAAGGCGUUUAUUUUAUUACGCCGCAUAUACCUAAAUAUUAUACCUAAAUAACGUUUUUGUUGGAAAGGUUGUGAAGGCUUUAGCUUUAUACUCGAGUAGUGAAAUGGAAGUACGCGUUAUGAGACUAUUCUUAAAAUGAUGUGCAUUUUCUUCUUCUUUUUUUUUUGUUACAUUUUAUUUUACAUAAUUUACCGCCACUGAUUCAGUUACCCAAGCGAGAAUUACCUUAUCGACUUUCAGGUUGUAUGUAUACGUUUUAUUCCUUUCACAAAAUGCAGUACGAUAAUUUUUAAAAUUUCAAGUAACCAAUGUAUUUCAUUUUAUCGCUACGAUAGUAAAAUUAUUGUUAUAACACGAUCGUUUAAUGUACGAAAUAAUCUUUAUCACAUCGUAAAUAAAAUAUGAUUCGUUAUUUGAAUAAAUAAACUAAAAUUUGACAUGA